AUGAACAAGACAAUCUAUGUUAUUUUUGCCCUCCUCGUUAUGAUCUCAAUGGCCCUUGCUGUAACUGAGACUACUACAACUACUACAACUACUACAGCCGAUCCAACUACUACUACCACCACAGGUACUACUACUACAGGUACUACCACUACUGGUACCACUACUACAGGUACUACUACCACAGGCACAACUACUACAGGUACCACCACUGCCACUACCACCUCCACCACUGGUUCACCUCCAAACCUUACCACUACCACCGGUGCUGGAUCAUCAUUGGUUGCAGCUCCAUUGGUUGCCCUCGUUGCCAUCAUCUUCUCUUUGAUCCUCUAA